AUGGACAUCAGAGUCUCAGUACAAUUAAUUUUAAUGCUGGCGAUCAAUGGGAUCGCUUUUAUUUGUGGAAUGAUUUUAAACUCUCUUGUGGUUUUUUGUUGGUUAAAGUCAUCGCAACUACAAAAGAAAGUUUGUCACUUCACAAUUUGUUUGUUAUCCUGCGUCGACCUGCUGGCGGUUGCUAUAAACUCUCCAGUUUUGAUCACAGAAUUGAUAUUCUGGAUUGGUGAAAAGGAAUCAAUUUUCAAACUGCGCACUGUUACUCACUUUUUCGAUGUAUUUCUUGCUUUUUCGUUAAAUACCCUGUUGCUUGUUAGUUUUGAGCGAUACUUGGCAGUUUUCCAUCCAAUAUUUCACCACACAAAAGUAACGAAGUCAUUGCUCAUUAAAUUGCAUUUUGUUUUUCUUUUUAUUUCCACUAUGAUGUUUCUGAUACAUAUAACAGAACAUUUCUUGGCCUCGACAAUACUUUUUUGUUUACUGUUUAUGUUCCCAUUUAUCUACGUCAACACUAAGCUCCACAUUAUCUCAAAGAAAUAUCGUCGAAAGAACGUCACAACAUCCGAAAGUCACAGUCAGCUUUCAAAAAAAGGAAAGUCUUUUAUAAAAUCCAUAUCAACAUGUCUUCUUCUGGUAGCUUGUGUCUCGAUUUGCUUUAUGCCAACGAUCAUCAGUUAUAUCGUUUGGGCACUUAAAAAACACAGAUUGGGCUCUCAGCUAUACAUGGCGAAAACAUUUUGGUGUAUCAACAGCACAACUAACUGUUUAUUGAUAUUUUGGCGUAAUAAAAACCUUCGCUCCGAGGCGAGAAAAAUAUUAAAACAAUUGAGUAAUACUUCAAGUUCGUUCUAA